AUGAACUACGCAAAGUCGGCACUAUCGUACUUCACAUUGAAGCGAUGUUACAAAUAUCUUUUGAAGCGACUAUUUGGCAGUUUUAUAGUGCAUGAAGAUAUCAAUCUCGAUCAACUCGAAGUUGAUCUGUAUCAAGGUCAAGUAAAAUUGGAGAACAUACAUUUGCAGACGGAUAAAAUCAAUGACAUUCUGUCAUCUCUCGAGUUACCAUUCACGAUGGUGAAGGGCACAAUUAAACGAAUACACCUCUCAGUGCCGUGGAAACACGUAUUCUCCCAAAGGUGUAAAAUAUAUUUCGAAGGCGUGGAUAUACAUUUGGCAGUGCGUGAGGAUGCUACGAUGGAUCGAACAGACCUCAGUCAGAGUAGUGAGAUGGAUGAGCGUCGGGGAGCAGUAGGAGGCCUCGAGCAGUACGGCACGAGGUCCUUUAUGGAGGCAGUGGAAGAGAGCCAUGGCCAGAGCAUUCUAUUGGAGAAAAGGAGUUUCAUCGCAAACAUGGGGAAAGAAAUUUGGAGGUUCCCGAUGGAGUAG